GAGGCGAUAGUGGAGUUUGACUACAAAGCUCAACAUGAUGAUGAGCUGACAAUAACUGUAGGUGACAUAAUCACCAAUAUCAAGAAAGAUGAUGGAGGCUGGUGGGAAGGACAGCUCAAAGGCAGAAGAGGUUUGUUCCCUGACAACUUUGUAAGAGAAAUAAAGAAGGACAUGAAGAAAGAAAAUACUGCCAACAAACCACCAGAGAAGCCUAUAAAUGAAGUUUCCAAUGGAAGCCCUUUACUGUUGUCUGAGACAAUUAUUAGGACCAACAAAAAAGGAGAGAGAAACAGAAGAAGAAGAUGUCAGGUGGCUUUCAGUUAUAUGCCUCAAAACGAAGAUGAACUGGAAUUAAAAGUUGGUGACAUCAUUGAAGUUGUGGGAGAGGUAGAAGAGGGCUGGUGGGAAGGUAUACUCAAUGGAAAGACUGGCAUGUUUCCUUCCAACUUCAUAAAGGAAUUGUCUGAUUCUGAUGAUAUUGGAGUAUCACAGGAAGAACAAGUAAAGUCAAGCCUGAAAGAUGCUACGGGCUCUGAGAGUGAUGGUGGUGACUCUUGCAGCACAAAAUCAGAAGGAGCUAAUGGAGGCACGACAAUCCAACCCAAAAAGGUCAAGGGUGUUGGCUUUGGAGAUAUCUUCAAAGACAAACCUAUAAAGCUACGACCAAGGUCAAUAGAAGUUGAAAAUGACUUUCUCCAAGGAGAUAAGAGUGUUGGGAAGAAAUUACCUCCAGCCACAGCAACUCAGGAGCCAACAAAAAUAGAAGUGGACAGCAGAACAAAAACCAAGGAGUAUUGCAAAGUGAUAUUUCCAUAUGAAGCACAGAAUGAUGAUGAACUCACAGUCCGAGAAGGUGAUGUCGUCACACUUAUUAGUAAGGAUUGCAUUGAUGUGGGUUGGUGGGAAGGAGAACUCAAUGGCAGACGAGGUGUAUUUCCAGAUAACUUUGUCAAGCUUCUUCCUUCUGAUUUUGAAAAAGAGAGACCGAAGAAACCGCCACCUCCGUCAGCCCCUGUCAUCAAACAAGGAUCAGGUACCACAGAUAGAAAGCAUGAAAUCAAAAAGGUACCUCCUGAAAGGCCAGAAUGUCUUCCUAAUAGAACAGAAGAAAAAGAAAGAUCAGAGAGAGAGCAAAAACAAUUAGACUUGCAGAAGCCUUCAGUUCCUGCUAUACCUCCGAAGAAACCUCGGCCACCCAAAGCAAACUCUGUGAAUAGACCUGGUACCUUGCCCCCAAGACGACCAGAAAGACCAGUUGUGCCUGUGACUCAUACAAGGAGUGAUAGUCCAAAAGUGGAAUUAGUGGGCAGUACAGUAUCCGGCACCCUAGAGAAAGACUCCUCUGAAAGAAGCAAUGACAUCGACUUGGAAGGUUUUGACUCUGUAAUACCAAUUGCUGAGAAGCUUAAUCAUCCAACUACAACCAGACCAAAAGCUACUGGCAGACGACCACCCUCCCAGUCUCUCACGUCUUCAUCCCUUUCAAGCCCUGACUUCUUUGACUCACCAAGUCCUGAAGACGAGAAGGAGGAACAUGUUUCCAUUCCUCACAAAACUAUUGAAAUGUCAAGGAAAUCAAGAACUGUUACAAUAUCACAAGUAUCUGAUAAUAAAACUUCCUUACCUCCAAAACCAGGAGGUUUGGCUGGUAGCAGUAAUGUACAACCGUCACUAUCCCCUUCACCAUCACCUGGAUUUCACUCAAUUGCUAUGGGAACAACAGGCCACAGGUCAAAUUCCCCAUCCCUGUUUGGUACUGAAGGAAAGCCAAAGACUGAGCACUCGAGCCAAGGCCAGACUGCCCUGGAGGAGCUGAGAACACAAAUUAAGGAGCUAAAAACUAUCAUUGAAACCAUGAAAGACCAGCAAAAGAAAGAGAUUAAACAGUUGCUCUCUGAAUUGGAUGAAGAAAAGAAAAUCCGUUUACGACUGCAGAUGGAAGUUAAUGACAUAAAGAAAGCUCUUCAAUCAAAGUGAAUACUUGAUAGGUGGAAUGUUACAUUAUUCUCCAUGACUGAGACUCAAAUUUAUGCCCCAGCCAAAAUAACUUUGUGCCAAAUGAUUUAAGAAUUGCCUCAACAUCCCUUUAUUUGAAGGAUUAGCACAACAGUAUUUGAUAGCACAACAAAACUACCAACAGCGAGGACAAAAUUUCCACCUGAAGCAGUGCUGUGUGGCACUAGUUGUGACUGAAAUUGAUCUUGUGCUAAAGGCUCUCUACUUCAAGAUCCUAGGUGAAAUGAAAACUCAGGCAGUUAAGUCCAUAGUGGUACUAUUUUGAUGAUAUUUUUCCAUGAAUAAAAUGUAUUUCAGAUUAUCUGUUUACAAGCUUUAUGAUUUUGACUUUUGGUUUUUAAUUGUCUUUUGUCACAGAUUUUUAAAUGUUUGUACUGCAUAUAGCCAGGAAUGAAUGUUAAUGUUGGGACUAGAGGGAUUAUUUUUGCUUUGAGAUAGAACAGCCUACUUUUUGUUAUGGUUUUAAGUUCUGAUAAAUAUGCAAUUUUAUGUCCCCAAAUCCCUUACAAUUUAAACUUAUAGUGUAUACAGUGAUGUAUUUACAAGAAGGAAACAAACCAACAGAAAUCUGGUCUUUGCAA